CACCGCUGCGUGAUGGCCCUCACGGCUGUUUCCCCCGGGAUGUAACAACAAGAAACCAAGACCCCUCGGCGCACGCGGUCUCCCAAGCGACGAGGAUAGACAGGCAGCUCAUCACAUUACCAUGUCGGCCACCCAAGACGUCAUUGCGACACCGGAGCUGCUUGAGGCCAUCCUACUCCACCUGGACCUGCGCACCCUGCUCGUCAACGCCCAGCUCGUCAACACUUACUUUCGGCAGCUCAUCACCUCGUCCAUCAGGCUACAGAAGGCUCUCUUUCUUUUACCAGACGACUCCUCACGAGACUCGCCUGCCAGGCACAGUGCCCCAUCGCCCAUCAUCAACUCGCUGCUCCGCGAGUCCUUUGGCCUCUGGUUUCCCCCGCACGACAGCGCCCCGAGCGGCUACGAUGCCGCCUCGGGCCGCCGCCUUCGCCCGCACGAGCGCAUCGACAGCAUUGCCGUCCACCACGGCAUCACGAGCUUCCAUCAGCUUGGCAUCUGGGCGGAUCAGGCCUCGCGGUCCGCCGUGAUGCAGCCCGAGGCCAGCUGGCGGCGCAUGUUUGUCCAGCAGCCUCCCCCGACCAAGCUGGGCUGGCUGUCGUGGGGCCUGGACUUUUCCCCCGCAGAGGCCGCCGUUGUGCCCAUCGUCAUGAAGGGCGUCGUGACCUUCCCCGACGGGCUCACCAUGGGUGCGCUGUACGACAUUACCCAGGACCGGAUCGAGGGGUUCCCGCGGGACCACGUGUCGUAUGCGUUCCGGAUCGUGCGGCCGCCACCAAAGGAGCAAGGCGACAUGGGUGAGGAGCCACGGCCCUGGGGGGUGCUCCGGGACAUGGAGCUGGGCCAGCACCGGGACGAGGUGGCGCAUUCUGCCAUCCACGAGCUCAGCGCCGACCUGUUGUUCGAGGAGAGAGGGUACUAUCCGACAAGAGUGCUGGGCCGCAGCCUCGAGGACAUUGCUCGCAGCGACGAGUAUCGGCACCCGGCGCAUCAGACCAUUGCCAUUCGGCUGGAACGGUCACGGCAGGCCCUGGCGGUCGAGUAGACGUCAUUGUUUGGCAGGUUUUUAGAUCUUGCAUCCGCACAGAGCCUAGAUCGAACUGUCCACUUUCACAGACGAGAUGGCAACCUGGCCGCCCGCGAAGCUAUCUAGAAGUGGACAACAGGUGCGUGACUUGCAUAUGAAGGUAUGUGCAUGCAUGACUGCA